CGGCGGCGGGCAUGGGGGAGCAGCUGAGCACGCCGAGCGCCCCGCGGGAGUCAGCCGCCGCCACAGCCAGCGCCCCCGGGCCGCCUCUCUCGGCCGCUGGGAGCGCGAGGGCAGCGGCGUCCCGUCCAGAGGGCGACCCGGGGCCGCCUCCUCCUCCUGGUGAACCGCUGGGCCGGGAGGUGGAGGCGGAGGACGGUAGCGCCGUCGCUCGCCUGGAGGAGGGCUCCGGCUCGGAAGCGGGAAGCAGCCCCAGCCGCCGGCUUCCUCUGAGGCCCGUCUACUGCACCGUCUACUGCGUGGAGAGCGACCGGCGGCCCAGCGCCCCGCCGGCGUCUCCGCGCCCAGGAGGGGACCCUGGCCCCGGCGUCUCGCCGCCGCCGCCGCCUUCCCUGCCAGGAGGAGGAGGAGGAGGAAAAGGCGGCGGGGACGGCAGCCUCGAGGUGGACUUGUACCUGCUGCCCGAGCCGUUCUCCGGGCUCAUCUCCGGGGACUUCGGGCCCUUGCUGGUGCUGACUUGCCGCGUGUGUCUGGAGGAGAAGCCCCUCAAGCCCUUGCCCUGCUGCAAGAAGCCCGUCUGCGAGGAGUGCCUCAAGUUCUAUCUCAGCUCGCAAGUGCAGGUGGGGCAAGCAGACAUCCAAUGUCCCAUAACAGAGUGUAGCGAACACCUGGAUGAAACAACUGUCCUCUACAACUUGCCACAUGAUGACAUCAUCAAAUAUAAGUACUUCCUGGAACUUGGCCGUAUUGGCUCGAGCACCAAGCCAUGCCCUCAAUGCAAGCACUUUACAACCUUCAGGAGGAGAGGCCACAUUCCAACCCCUACCAAAAUGGAGAACAAGUACAAAAUACAGUGCCCAACCUGCCAAUUGGUGUGGUGUUUUAAGUGCCACUCUCCCUGGCAUGAAGGUGUCAACUGCAAAGAGUAUAAAAAGGGAGACAAGCUAUUACGUCACUGGGCCAAUGAAAUUGAACAUGGGCAAAGAAAUGCUCAGAAGUGUCCAAAGUGCAAGAUCCAUAUCCAGAGAACAGAAGGGUGUGACCAUAUGACUUGCUCACAGUGUAACACUAAUUUCUGUUACCGCUGCGGGGAGAGAUACCGCCAACUCCGUUUCUUUGGAGAUCAUACAUCAAACCUCAGUAUAUUUGGAUGCAAAUACCGCUACCUCCCCGAGCGACCACAUUUAAGGAGAUUAGUGAGAGGCUCUGUCUGUGGUGGGAAGUUGCUUAUUGCACCACUGAUACUGGUUUUGGGACUGGUAAUAGGAGCCAUAGCUGUUAUCAUAGGUUUAUUUGUGUUCCCUAUCUAUUGCCUUUGUAAAAAGAAGAGGAAAAGGCCACGAACAGAAAUGCCCUGGUAUGAGUGAGCCAUUAUAUAUCUGAAUGGAGCCAGUCCUGCAAGAAUUGUGGAAAAUAUGUGCAGCACGCUGUGCUAGUUAACUAUCCUGGCAGAAAAUUCAGGGGCAACUGCCAUAUUUUGUCCACACUGUACACUACUAAAGACAGGCCAGAUUGCUUUCCUGCUAGACACAAUGGAGGCCUCUCAAUUUUUAAAGGUUUUUUUUUAAUCCCCCUCCCCAAAAAUCAAGUUUACUUUGUUGGACAGCCUACAUCUGCACUGUAGCUACACACCUACUGAUUGGCCCACGAAAAGAGUAUUUAAUUUGGCAACCUCUUCCCCACCCCAAGUCACUGGUGUAACUCUCAGGUGGCCUUCCAGAUGGAGUUUUCAGUGGACUUUUUUGUUUCAGAGGCUGGCUUCAUACGUAGAAGUGGUUAUUCUGUCUAACAUCAUUGGCAUAAUGACAGGUGCUAAAUUCAGUAGCUCCUUAUUUUGUAUACAGUGGUACCUCGGGUU